AUGCGCUCUCCGGGCACCAAGUUAUUCUCUUGGUUAUUCUCCAAGUUAUUCUCUUGGUUAUUCUCCAAGUUAUUCUCUUGGGAUGAUAGAACUAAUGUAAGGAAUUUACAUUUAUCUACAUCCCAGAAAAUCGACAUGUUCAUUGAAUGCCAUUACAACGGAAAAACAUACAAAUAUGGGCAGACGUUUUUAGCUAUCGAUAAAUGUAAUAAGUGCAGUUGCAUGACCAAAGGAAGUAUAACUUGUUCCCAAAAGAAGUGUAUAUCUUCAGCAACUCAAGAAACUACAACACAGAAGAUCGACAUCUUCGUAGUAUGCCGCUACAAUGGACAAAUAUUCAAAUUUGGGCAAACAUUCACAGCUAUAGAUAAAUGUAACAAGUGCAUCUGCAAGCGCAAAGGAAAUAUAGUGUGUACUAAAAAUACAUGCCUUUCCACACAAACUCGAGCUUCACAUUCGGUAACCACUGCGAAGCCAUUCAAACUCCACACGAAUACUGUUUCUUGUGUAUAUGAAGGUUACGUCUACACAGUGCAUGCUACUUUCCUUGCCCGAGAUGGCUGUAAUCAGUGUUCUUGUAUGUACAACGGCAAGGUACUUUGUACCAAGAAACCAUGCUCAAUACUUCCAGCUAUGCUCGGAGAAGAUUCGUCUUUAUCUGAAACCAACACUAAGACUACAUGCAUCUACCAUGGAAAUAUAUAUAAGAUAACGGAAAUAUUCGUGGCGAUAGAUCAAUGUAAUUCCUGUGAAUGCAUAUUCCCGGGACGAGUAAUAUGCACUCAUAAUAUUUGUGAAGGAAGUAAAGGUAGGUACGUAGAAGCUCGGGCAUCUCAAAUCAACAAAUACCCCAUAAUCAACCUUGAAAUGAAAUGCUUCUACCAUGGAAAGAUUUAUAAAAUAACAGAAACAUUUAUAUCAGUCGAUGAAUGUAACUCCUGUGAGUGCAUAUAUCCUGGACGAGUGAUUUGUGGUCAGAGCAUUUGUGAAGAUACGAUAGGUGAGAAGUUACGAAGAUUUUCUUUUAGACUUUUCAAAAAUCCCUACCUUUCAAAAAUUCCUGCUUUAUUUACUUUCAGUUUUAAUCUGGAAGGCAGUGGAUUGACAAAAGCACCGGAACGUCAGAUUUUAUGCUUUUUGAGUUUAAUUUACACACUGCAAGAUAACAGUUUCAAUGUGGACCCACAAUCUAUUUAG